CCUUUAUAACUACAAGGGAGACUGAUGAUAAGGGAGCUGAACAGUUCUGUAUAAAAAUACUACUCAUCACUACGGAUCACUUUUGUCUGCCAUUGCUUGUACAACGGAUGCAGUGAUUCUGAGAUCACACACAUACAUAGAGAGAUACGGUCGUAGUCUAGUAUAUAUUCCCCGCGCCUUUUUAUCCUACAACUAGAAGACUUCUCCAUUGCAAAGGCUCUCAAUUACAUCUCAGGUGUCAUAAUAAAGGAUUGGUGUCAAAUAGAUCUUUUCUCUCUGCACAAAGAGACUGUUUAUUACAAUACAAAGAGUUGCUAGCAAUGGCUUUCUUUUGUCCUGGAUCAAGUGUCAAGAUAAAGAAAGAAGCAGAAUCGCACAAAAGGCCUCACUCCGGUGGUUAUCGUCACGGUAUUAACCACUCACCAUAUUCUCCCUAUUACCCGACUGCCAGUAGUCCCCAGCACUCGCAGAAUGGUCGUUUUGAUAAAGCCAUUGAUGUACUCUCUGCCCCUCAGACUCCUAUCAGCGACCAGUUCUUUCAAAAACUGAUUGUCUUUAAGGAUUUCUCUGCAACUGAUGAGAAGGAGCUAACGGUUAGAAAAGGAGAGAGAGUAGAGGUUGUUCAAAGAGAAGAGGAUCGUCUACUCGUCAGGAAUGAGCGUGGGAAGCAAGGAUACGUACCCUCGGACUACUGUGCCCCUCCUAUUGCUUCCUCUUCAAGACGUGCUCGCUCCAACAGCCGCUCAUCAAUGCCUUUACGACCGGUCGCCAGUGGAGAGGACACCAGUAGCAGGGGCAGUAUACCAAUGUAUGCAAGCCAUUCUGCUGGUCGUGUCAAACGCUCUCCAUGUGAAGAUUCAGAUCAAAUGUUAAUUAGACGAAUUAAUUCUCCACCUAAUAGCGCCACAGUUCACUACCCGCCUAAUAGUGCCAUGAUGGGACAAGAGAGACACAGGCGAGAAGGUUCCGCUCCUUUGGAACCGAAACACUCUCCCUCCUCCUCCAGUGGAGUGGCUAGUCUUUCAGAGCAGUACUCACCAGCACUCAAUAGAUCCUAUUCACAAGAUGCACUGGAGACUGAACCCACUGUUGAUAAGAUAAGGUCAGUCAGUUUGAGCCAGACCCCCAUGAUGACUGAUGGGUUUGACGUCUAUCGUAAGAACUCUUCGUCCGAUGAUAGUGGAACAAUGGAACUCUCCUCUACUCAUUAUAAAGACUAUGCUAGUACUAUUCGUAAUGGAGAUGCUUCCAGCGAUGAUGGAUCCUCUAGACAGGGUAGAGGCUCAUCUGCUUCUGGUAAUACUACCCCUUCAAUAAGAGACAGACCUCUUCCUAGUCCACCUAAGUCAAACGAAGAAGUCCCACCUCCCAUUCCUCCCAGACACACCAGCCUUGAUAGAGCUGGUCGCCAUCAAGUCAACUCUUUUAACGACAUGGCUACACCCGAUGACAUUGAUCCUUAUGCUCAACCAGUCGAUACUCUCAGUGAGUGUGGAGGUCUCAUUCAACCUCAGUCUUCACUUGUCAAGCACAGAUCAACCAAGAGCCAUGUUGACGUCCAGAAUCAGAACACUGGGAUAGAGUCACCUUAUUCUGAAGUGUAUCGUCCAUCAAGAGGUAACAAGCGUCCUAUUAACCUACCCGAUGAUCACCCACACUUUCAGAGACACCCUGGGUCAUUCACUCGUCAUCGCUCUCCUAAUGGAUCCGUUAAAUCUCACGGAAUUGAGAGACGGGGAUCACCUCAGAUUAACGGAGUGAGUGAACAUAAGAGGCCACUGAGCGGUGGUAGUAAGCGUCCUCCUUCAAUUAGUAGUGAAAAGAGAGUCUCUAAUCGUAUUGAUGAUAUGAGCUCUCCUUCACUUGAUAGUCCAGGACUACAAUCAAAAGGGAUGGUCAAAUUUAGGAAAUGUCUUUGGGGAGUCUACGUCUGUUUACAAAAUUUUGAUGCCUGCGAUGAGAAUGAAGUAAGCGUCACUAAAGGCGAGAGUGUUCUUGUCUUUAAUCAAGAGGACAACAACUGGUUUUGGGUCGUGAAACAUAAAACUGAUAACUCGGAAGGUUUUGUACCUUCGUCCAUACUCAGUGAAGUGAUGGCUGAUAAAACAGGAGGAGGAGUGCCAGGAGUUGAACCAACAGCACACCACCAUUAUCAAUCACAGUAUCCCUCCUCCUCCUCUACUACUGCUCAUAGACCACGUGCCUCCACCACUAGUGUAUACCCUACUUCAUCAUCUCAACCAAUGCACCACCACCACCACAGGUCAAGGCUGAGCUCAACAGGAGCUGCUCCAAUGCAUCAAAGAGGAACAGUACCCAACAUAUCAAGUUCUGAACGCUUACCCCCUCCUCCUCCUACCUCCUCCUCUUCUAAACCAAUACUCGCGUCUCCUUCUUCUCCUCCUCCUCCUUAUGCUGAGAAGGAUCCCAUUGGUCACCCUCCUCCUCCUCCUCGUCAGUCUAUCCCUCGUAACAGACCCUCAUAUCCCGGGAGAACUGGGCGUGUCAGUAUGCCCCACUCUCCCAUGUACCCUCCUGGUAUUCAGACCAAUGCUCACGUCACUCGUAGCUCCACCCACUUGUCCUCUCCUCAUGUUGAUAACGGCUACCCAACUCAUGUUCCCAUAUUGUCUUCACCUGCUCCUGUCAUCGGAGGGACUUUAGUAUGAGGAGGGAAUUGAUUGACUUUAACGAGUUUCUGUUUAAAAUUAAAAAUAAUAGUUGUUUGUACUCACAUCACUUGUGUUGAUAUUAUUAUUAUUAUUAUUAUUAUUAUUAUUAUUAUUAUUAUUAUUAUUGUUGUUGUUGUUAUUAUUGUUUUCCCUUUUCACUAUUACUGUAGUGCAUGUACAUGUACCUAAAUACAUUGUUUAUUAUUUAAUCUAAUGAUAACAUGAUUCUACCGG